AACAUGGAGCUACUGUACGCUGCAUUUGCUACUCUGAGCGUGAUGUUUAUGCUGUUUUUUGUAAACUUUCCUUAUUUCCUGCAUGACUGUGCGUUUCUAAUUAAAGUUCUCAGGAUUAAAUCAAAGCGGCAAAGGUUACGGAAGAGAGUUCCGUUAUACACUGUGCUCGAGUGCUUUCUGGAAGAUGUGUCCAGACAUCCACAUAAACCCUUCAUAAUUUUUGAGGAUGAUGUCUACACGUACCUGCCGGUGGACUGCUGGAGCAACAAGGUAGCACACACGCUGCUUAAACACACGCACCUGAGAGAGGGAGAUACGGCCGCGCUGCUUGUGGGCAAUGAACCAAACUUCAUCUUCCUCUGGCUCGGACUGAUGAAGAUCGGAUGUUCUGUGUCGCUUUUCAACACCAACAUUCGGAGCAAAUCUCUAAUGCGCUGCUUCAUGUGUUGUAAGACAAAAGUGCUGAUUGCAGGGGCAGAGUUUAGCGAUGCAGUGUGUGAGGUGCUACCAGAGUUGCGUGAACGUGGCGUGUCUGUUUUCCUGUUGUGUGAUAAUUGUGACAUGGAUGGAAUUCAGUCUCUAAAAGAUAAGAUGGAUGACAGUGACGAUGGGCCCGUGAGUCUCAUGCUGAGAGCUAACAUUACUAUGAAAACCCCUGCCGUGUACAUCUACACAUCUGGAACUACAGGUCUGCCUAAAGCAGGUAUUGUCAGUCAUGACCGAAUGUUUGGUGGCACUUUCUACCAGUCAUUGUUAGGCGUCAAGCACGAUGAUGUCAUCUACAUAGCCCUCCCCCUUUACCAUGCUGCAGGAUUUAUCGUUGGUCUAAAUGGGGUGAUAGAGAGGGGAAUCACAGUAGUGUUGAGGAGAAAGUUCUCAGUGUCUCAGUUCUGGAACGACUGCAGGAAGCACAAUGUCACGGUGAUCAUGUAUAUUGGAGAGAUCCUGCGCUACCUCUGUAACACACCCAAGAGAGAGACAGACCGGCAGCACAUGGUGCGAAGAGCCAUUGGAAACGGACUGCGUGCUGACGUCUGGCAAGAAUUUCAGAGCAGGUUUGGGGUAAAACACAUUAGAGAGUUCUACGCUGCAUCUGACGGGAAUAUGGGUUUCAUGAACUACCCAGAGAAAGUGGGAGCUGUGGGCAAACAGAACUUCCUGUACAAGAAAAUGUUUCCCCAUGCACUGAUUCGGUACGACACUGAGACACAGGGACCAGUCCGGGACAGCAGGGGGCGCUGUGUCCCCGUUCCUACAGGUGAAACAGGACUCCUUGUGUGUAAGAUCACUGAGCGCACUCCAUUUCAAGGAUACGCAGGAAAUCCAGAACAAACGGAGAAGAAGAAGCUGCGUAACGUGUUUGAGGACGGAGAUGUUUAUCUGAACACUGGAGAUCUGUUGAGGACCGACCACCAGGGCUUCAUCUACUUCCAAGACCGGGUCGGAGACACUUUUAGAUGGAAAGGAGAGAAUGUGGCCACCACUGAGGUGUCUGAUGUUAUAUCACUGCUGGAUUUUGUUGAAGAAGUGUGUGUGUACGGUUUUCAAAUUAAAGGUCAUGAGGGUCGCGUCGGCAUGGCAGCACUGAGAGUAAAGGAAAAGCGAGAGUUUGACUGCAACAAAGCUUUCGAUCACGUCACCAACUUCCUGCCUGUGUACGCUCGGCCCCGCUUCAUACGCAUCCUGAGGAGUCUGGACCUGACCGGGACGUUUAAACAGGUGAAAACUUCUCUGAUGAAGGAAGGAUUUGAUCCUGAGAAAGUGACUCCGCCCAUUUAUUUCCUGCAGGAGAGCAGCAAGAGCUACAUCCCCCUGACACACACACACUACAAAUCUAUCAUAUCAGGGGAGGUCCGCUUCUGAACACACACACACACACACACACACACACACACACACACA